AUGGAUGACGAACAUCUUGUAAUCUUUCGUAGAGGUCAUCCUUGCGAACUUUCUGUUCUUCCAGCGGUUUCUGAACAAUUGGUAAAAAAGGAAAUAGCGCAGUUUGUUCGAGAAUACUUUGCUUGUGCUACUAUUAGCUAUGAAUUGCUUGAUAAGAUAGUGUCAUUCUGCAUGAAUUCAUCACAACAAGAAUUUCUUGGCAACAUACUUUGUACAAUAUCACCUUGCGUCAAAAAGUACCACUUCCGGAAGUCACAUCGCCAUACUCUGAAAUAUAUUAUCGAACAACUCGAAAUGCGACAUGCUGAAAUUGGCUGGCAGUUGUACAGUUGCUUGACGAAUUCUAUGAUACACAAUACAGUGUAUGUAGAUAGAAUCUAUUUCGAUGAAUCGUUUUCAAAAUGUAUCAUUGUUCAAGAAAACCGCUAUCAGUUAUCACAAGGAACCACUGGUCUUUCCUGUUGGCAGGCAUCUUGUGAUUUAGCGAAUUAUUUGUUGAAACACGGUCGUGAUUAUAUCAAUGGAAGUAAUAUUUUAGAAUUAGGUGCCGGUUGUGGACUGCUUGGUAUUGCACUUGCUGCUUCUGGUUUUGCUAAAAGUGUUACACUUUCUGACGGGAAUGUUGAUGUAUUGAAUGUAAUCCACGAUAACAUUCGUUCAAAUUUUUCAAAGAAUUGUGAUGUAAUCGACGUUAUUUUUCUUGAAUGGGAAACCAUAGAUGUGGGAAAUAUUCCUGUUGUACCAGAUGUUAUCUUUGCGACAGAUGUUGUUUACGAUAUACUGACAAUAAAACCACUUGUUUCUGCCAUCAAGAAACUUCUUAUUGAAUUUGCAAAAGAAAUUAAAGCUGGUCCGCGGUGUUUGCUAGCAAAUACAGUAAGAAACCAAGAAACUAUGGAUAAAUUUAUAGCUUGUACAGGUAGAAUUCAAGUUGACAGUAAUCAUGUAAUGCAGCUUUAUUCAGUAUUAGCGAACUACACAGUGGUACAACCUAGAUUUGGUUUUGGAAAAUACUGUUUUCUUUUUACUUUAGACUUACUGUUUUAA